GGCCGUGUGAAGAGCUGGGCCCAACAAAACACUAUUCGUUAAGGGCCACGGCCCAAAAUGAGCAAGAACCCUAGUUUUGCUCAAACGUGCCCAGAACGGACGAACAUCUCAGUUCAUAGAUUUUGAUGAUGAGGUCAUCUGCAAAUCUGUACGAUCAGGCUAAGUAAGAUUCGGAUGUGUGUUGUUUCACUGAAGUAAGAGCACAUCCGAAUGUGUGUUCUCUAAUUCGAUAGUGUAUAGCAAACAAAUCAAUCUCGAUUGUGUUCAUAUCCCAUCUUCCAGAUCAGAAAGUCUGUUUUUUUUUGUUACAAUAGCUUAUCUGCUUAAUCCAUGACUCUUCUCAUCUCUUGUGGGGAAGUUUCGUCUUCCCAAAUCACUGUGCUUCGCUUACUCAACCAAAGCGUUGACUUUUUAUUCGACAACGUCUCUAGGCUCCUUGCUCCUGUUUUCACCAACUUAAGGGACUUUGAAAUGCGUCUUUCUUGUAUUGAGCGUCCUCAGUUCACUCCUGGCGGUCGUUCUUAUUUGUCUAAUGAGAAUUGGGUUUCUGAUAGAAAGGGUUAUGACCAUAAGGGAGACCCUGAAGCUAACUUCAAUGCGCUGGAUUCGAUCUUGAAAAGUAGUUUGGAUCGUCUUGCUUCUUUAAGGGAGAGUGUAUGUCGGACUAAGAGCCUCAGGUACGAUGAGUCCGUAGCUAUCCACGCGUCUAUAAUGAGGGAUCUCUGUUUACAAGGGAAGCUGGACGCUGCUCUCUGGCUACGGAAGAAGCUGAUGCAGAGUGGGUUUAUUCCAGGUUUGAUCACGCACAAUCAGCUUUUGAAUGGGUUGUGUAAGUUAGGUAGUGUCGACAAGGCGGAUGGGCUUGUUAGAGAGAUGUGGGAGAUGGGUCCUUCUCCCAACUGUGUCUCUUACAACACUUAUAUCAAGGGUCUUUGCAGUGUUGACAAUGUAGAUAAAGCUCUGUAUCUCUUCAGCACUAUGAAUAAAUACGGUGUUAAGCCGAAUAGAGUGACUUGCAACAUACUGGUGCAUGCACUUUGCCAGAAAGGUCUUAUGGGUAACACAAAGCUUCUUGAAGAGAUUUUAGAUAGUAGCAGCCAGGCGAAUGCACCUUUGGAUAUAGUCACUUGCACCAUUCUGAUGGAUAGUUGUUUUAAGAAUGGGGAUGUGGUUCAAGCCCUUGGGGUUUGGAAGGAGAUGUCGGAGAAAAACGUCCCUACUGAUUCAGUUGUGUACAAUGUCCUUAUCCGUGGGUUAUGUUCGAGUGGUAACAUGGUAGAUGCUUAUGGGCUCGUCUGUGACAUGGUGAAGAGAGGAGUGAAUCCUGAUGUUUUCACUUACAACACUCUCAUAAGCGCCUUGUGCAAAGAGGGAAAGUUUGAUGAGGCAUGUGGUAUCCACGGUACCAUGCAACGAGCUGGUGUUGCUCCUGAUCAGAUCUCGUACAAAGUUAUCAUUCAAGGUCUAUGCAUGUACGGAGAUGUUACCAGAGCCAACGAGUUCCUUUCGAGCAUGCUAGAGAGUUGUCUGCUUCCGGAGGCUCUGCUAUGGAAUGUGGUGAUUGAUGGUUAUGGAAGAUGUGGGGAUACUAGCAGCGCUUUAUCCGUCCGAAAUCUCAUGCUUUCUUACGGCGUUAAACCGAAUAUUUACACUAACAACGCUUUGAUUCAUGGGUUUGUGAAAGGGGGAAGAUUCAUCGAUGCAUGCGAGUUUAAAGAUCAAAUGCGAUCUACCGAUGUCUAUCCAGAUACUACUACGUAUAAUCUGCUAAUAGGUGGUGCUUGUACGUUCGGUAACUUGAACUUGGCUUUUCAGCUGUAUGAUGAAAUGAUGAAAAGGAGGUGUCGUCCUGAUAUGAUUACUUACACCGAGCUGAUUAGAGGGCUGUGUUGGAAGGGUCGGAUGAAGGAGGCAGAAGAGCUUUUGAUGAGACUGCAGGCGUCUGGUAUGACGUUGGAUCAUGUUCCGUUUUGGAUACUUGUGAGGAAAUACACCAAGUUGAGGCGGCUAGACGAGGCGUAUCUAGCUUACAGAAAAUGGCUAAUGACAAAGAGCGGCGGAGGGGUUGCUUGUCCUAGCAGGCUAAAUCACGUGCGUACAGAACAUUAGCAGUAAUGUAGUGCUACUCAUGAAACAAGACACAGAGCAAGUUUAUCAUCAUUUGCCUCUCCGGUAGUUGUUCUGAUGUGGGCACUUGAGCUAUGUUCAGACCAUUAGAUUGUUGAAGAUAUCCAUCUUUUGACUCCUGAUGCAUAGAAAAUCCGAGACGAGGAAGGAACACUUGAGCUAUGUUGGGGAAGUGACAGAGAUUACAGAGUGCCUCACGUCUUUAUCAUUGCAAGGAAACCUCAUUUGGUAUUCCUCUUUUUACUAUUCUUAGGAAUCAAUUGAUUUAUGAUUUUGGCUCUAGGGGCACGCACACAGGGCUGUUACCCAAUAUACACUUUCUUGUAAGAAACUUGAAAAAGCCUUUUCAUUGAAAGAACAAGGUGAAUCACUUUCAAGCAUCUUGGUUUAUGGCAUCACAUUUUAAAACU